AAAGAAAUCCCUUUCUUAUCUUCGUGCCUGCAAUUUUCAACCUUUUUUCUAACGACUAGUAACUACUAACAUUUUUUCAUUUCCAAACAUGAUUAAUUAAAAUAUACAAUAAAUUAUCAUCAUUAUUAUACACUUAAUAAUAAUAAUAAUAAUUUGGAAUUGAAGAGAGAGAACGCUACGGCACUGUGUGUUUCUACGCAACCUUCUAUCUUCCAAUGGCGUCUCUCUUCCAAUGCCACCAUACCCAUCACCCCCUUCUUCGUCUCCAUUUCUCCUACCAUGUGAGUGCUUCCCUUUUCCUCUUUGUAGAGAUUCUCUGGUGCUACCCAUGUGAUAAAGAUUCGUUUUUUAUUUGUAGAUCCCCAUGAUGACGACGACGACUUUUUUUUUUCGGGAAAAAAAUUGUAUUAGUUUGUUGCUGAUUACUUGAAAAUCCUUUGUGAUCUGUGUACCCAGUUGAUUUUUCUUUCAUGGGCAUGUGUAUAUCUGCAUUGUAGUUGGAAUUUGCUUGUUGAUGAUGUUGGCAUAUAUUGCUCUUUGGUCAUGCUUGCUGAUUGUUGUUUUUGAAUUAUCAGAGUGAUCCAUGAUUCCGGUUUUGCUUGAUGCUGCUGGGGUUUAUUUUCACUGGUGGUGAUCACUGAGGUGAUACUGUGAGCUAUAUGAUUUGUUCUUCAUCUUAUGUGUUUUUGGAAUUUGCUGUUUGAAGAGAGAUGUAUGAGUCUGACAAGUAGUGGAUGUUUCUGGGAAAGGAUAAUUUUUUGGUAAAAAUAUAUUCUUGGGUGGAGGGGGAAUUUAAUUAGAAAUAAGUUUUUUUCUUCCCUGGGUUAGGAUGGAUUUGCAGAAUAAUAUGCAGCCUGAAUUGGGCAAAUUGGAACAAAUUGUUUAUCAGUUUCUUUUGAAGUGCUUACACGUUAUUCUGGACUCAAGGGUGCCUUUGUUACGCCCACAUGAUAGAAGUGGUGACCUGUAUACGGGUUCUCGUGUGAGGAGGAGUGACAAGUGGUUUAACUUGGCAUUAGGUGAUAGACCUUCUGCGCUGGAUAACUUGCACUUUUGGCAUAGAAAUUUGAUGGAUCCAAUGAUAAUUGACAUUAUACUAGUUCAUGAAGUUAAUGGUUCUUCUGUUGAGACGGUUAUAGAGAGGUGGGUUGUUCAGUAUGAGUGUCCCCUUGUAGUGGCUCCUCAUACAGGGGACAUUACUAGCUUUUACAAGAAGACUUACCAGAAGUCAAUAGUACUUUUCCGUGCUCUUUAUUCUCAAAUGAGGCUUCUCCCGGCUUAUAAGAUAUUUAGACAGCUAGGUACAUCAAGCCAUACUUGUAAUUUUGAUAUUGUUUACAAGGUCUCUUCCUUUAGUGAUCCAUUCUCUCGGGCAGAAGGAGGAAUAAUGGAAGAAUAUAAUUUUGCUCCUGUUGAGGCCCUUCCUGGCCGCCUUUGUAUAUCUGUGACCUACCGCACUACGCUAUCUGAUUUCAACCUCGAGUGUUCAACUUCAUUGCCAACAAAAAUAAUUACUGAUUAUGUUGGAAGCCCCAAUACUGACCCUUUGAGGUCUUUCCCUGCCUCGGAAAAGGGUGUUCGUGCCACUUCCUUUCCAGUAAGAGGGAUAGCACCGCCAUCUUCUACUUCUAUGCCACUUGAUCGACCUCAUAGCUGGACAUGUGGCUUCCAUAAAGCAGCACCAUUUGUACAGAACCAUCCAUAUGUUGGCUCCCCACCGGUGUAUCGUGCUUCUCCCAAGCCAUAUGAUUUUCCAUCUCCACCUACUGAUAGUCAUGGUGUCAGAAUGCACAACUAUCGAAUGCAUAAUCGGCAGAGGUCUACAAGUUACGAUGAGUAUCAACUUUCUCCUCCAUUCUCACCCUCGCCAUCUCCAUCGCCACCUACCUACUUCUAUGCUGGCAAUCCAAUUCAAACCCGUGUACGCUCUGAAUCAGCCCCUGUAACUAUACCUCAUCCUCAUUCAGUAAUGGGAAAAAGCUCUAGAAACCUUUCUCCUAAUUUUUCUGAUCCCAGCAGAAAUUCGCUGCCCCCUUUAUCUCCCAGAAGGAAUGAUGGUUCAUCACAGGAAUCUGCAUCUGGAAUCAGGUCAUUAAGGAAAUUAGAAGCUUCAAGGACUGGUCAAAAGAUUGUCAAAGAUAGCAAGGAUGAUUCUGGGCGGUUCUCAGGAUUGUUAUCUUCAAGUGGCUCACCACGCAUUGGAUUUUCUAGAACCUCAAGUAGAUUAUCUUUUCAGGAUGACUUGGACGAUGGUGACUUUUCAUGUCCUUUUGAUGUUGAUGAUGUUGAUAUACCAGAUGUUCAAUCCAGUCAUAAUGCGGAUGGGAAGAGUGCUGCAGAGAUCACUUCAACAUCACUGCCAAUGGGAAAAAAAUCACAAGAUGCUGCUGUUGGUGUUCUUGUGCACAUGCUAAGGACAGCACCUCCUUUGCGCCAAGACCCAAGUUGUUACUCAUCUCAAUCCCCGAAGGCUGAUCUUGAGGGAGGAGUUGCCACUGCUUCUGGAUUCUUCAUGCCUCGAAAGACGGCUGAUGCACUUGAAGAGCUCAGGAGUUACAAAGAAAUGAGAGACUUUCUUCUUUCUAAGAGUGGCACUCGGAUCCUGAACAGAGAUGAAGCUAAAGCAUCCUCAAAUAUUGGCUUUUCAUCAAGGUCUUAAAAACAUUGCUGGGGUGGGGGUGGGGCGUUGUUGAUGCUGACCAAAGAGUGGUACUAAUUACAGUUAUACAGAACAUACACUUCUUUUGGGAAAGAAAAUGAUCUAAUGGAUUUUUGUACAUAUCCUGACUCUGUUGGCUAGAAACAACAAAAGUUAUUUUACAAUGACCAAAAUGCUUCUAAUUUGCGCUGAGUCUUUAAAGUAACUUGCUUACCCUGUGAAUGUGGCAAUGGCAAUGGUUGGAAAAAUAUUUUUACUGGCGUUUUGAUUGAAAGGUUGUUGAAUUUCAUUGUGUAGAACUAAAGAUGGAUGCAAGCAUAGAAACACUGCUUAAAAUGUAUAAUGGACUUUUUUAGUAUAAUCACUCACUCUGAUAAUUUUAUUAUAGAAGAUGUUGACAUUGAAGGAGUUUAGUGUAUUGUUUCUAUUUUGAAUAAUAUCUUGGUGUACUGAGAAGUCCUAAUCU